CGCGUCUGCAGUCGCGUCCGCCGGAAUCCCGCCUCGGGGCGCGGCUCCCAUCUCCCAGAGCUCCUCCGCGCUCCCUUGCUCCCCUCGCCAGCCCUGGCGGCCCAGGCCACGCCCCUAGCGGCCCAUUCGUUCGCUCGUCCCGAGGGCGCCCCCGCACACCCCUCCGGUGCGCGGGUCCCAGCAAGCUGAGGCGCUGCUGCAGAGCGCGGAACCGAGACGUGGCUCCCGGGCGGAGGAGCCAUGUUGGACUUCGCGAUCUUCGCCGUUACCUUCUUUCUGGCGUUGGUGGGAGCGGUGCUCUACCUCUACCCGGCUUCCAGACAAGCUGCAGGAAUUCCAGGGAUUACUCCAACAGAAGAAAAAGAUGGUAAUCUUCCAGAUAUUGUGAACAGUGGAAGUUUGCACGAGUUCCUGGUUAAUUUGCAUGAGAGAUAUGGGCCUGUGGUCUCUUUCUGGUUUGGCAGGCGCCUUGUGGUUAGUUUGGGCACUGUUGAUGUGCUAAAGCAGCAUAUCAACCCCAAUAAGACAUCGGACCCUUUUGAAACCAUGCUAAAGUCAUUAUUAAGGUAUCAGUCUGAUAGUGGGAACGUGAGCGAAAACCUCAUGAGGAAAAAAUUGUACGAAAAUGGUGUGACUAAUUCUCUGCGGAGUAAUUUUGCUCUCCUGCUAAAGCUUUCAGAAGAAUUAUUGGAUAAAUGGCUCUCCUACCCAGAGUCCCAACAUGUCCCUCUCUGCCAGCAUAUGCUUGGCUUUGCAAUGAAGUCUGUUAUGCAAAUGGUAAUGGGUAGUACAUUUGAAGAUGAACAAGAAGUCAUUCGCUUCCAGAAGAAUCAUGGCACAGUUUGGUCGGAGAUUGGAAAAGGCUUUCUAGAUGGAUCACUUGAUAAAAGUACAACUCGGAAAAAACAAUAUGAAGAUGCCCUUAUGCAACUGGAAUCUAUUUUAAAGAAAAUCAUAAAAGAACGAAAAGGAAGGAACUUCAGUGAACAUAUUUUCAUUGACUCCUUAGUACAGGGGGACCUUAAUGACCAGCAGAUCCUAGAAGACAGUAUGAUAUUUUCUCUGGCCAGUUGCAUAAUAACUGCAAAAUUGUGCACCUGGGCAGUCUGUUUUUUAACCACCUAUGAAGAAGUUCAGAGAAAACUAUAUGAAGAGAUAGACCAAGUUUUUGGGAAGGGACCUGUAACUCCAGAGAAAAUUGAGGAGCUCAGGUAUUGUCGGCAAGUACUUUGUGAAACUGUUCGGACUGCCAGACUGACCCCAGUUUCUGCCCGGCUUCAAGAUAUUGAAGGAAAGAUUGACAAAUUUAUCAUUCCUAGGGAGACCCUUGUCCUUUAUGCCCUUGGAGUGGUGCUUCAGGAUCCCAGUACUUGGCCAUCACCAUACAAGUUUGAUCCAGAGCGGUUUGAUGAUGAAUCGGUAAUGAAGACUUUCUCCUUGCUUGGAUUCUCAGGCACACAGGAAUGCCCAGAGCUGAGGUUUGCAUAUAUGGUGACCACAGUACUUUUGAGUGUACUGGUGAGGAGACUGCACUUACUUUCUGUGGAGGGACAAGUUAUUGAAACUAAGUAUGAACUGGUAACAUCAUCCAAGGAGGAAGCUUGGAUCACUGUCUCAAAGAGAUAUUAAAAUUGUAUACACUUAACUUGUUGAGGGAAAUGACCAUUUAGAAAAUAUGUAUUGAAUCCUUUUAUAAGCCAAGCAUCAUUGUAUAAUAUAAACACUUAUUAGUACUUCAUCAUGUAAAUUUGAAUUUUUGUAUAUCAGAGUUUCUUAAUGCAUCAUAUACUUUUUUUUGUGUGUGUGUGUGGUACGCGGGCCUCUCACUGUUGUGGCCUCUCACGUUGCGGAGCGCAGGCUCUGGACGCGCAGGCUCAGCGGCCAUGGCUCACGGGCCUAGCCGCUCCGCGGCAUGUGGGAUCUUCCCGGACCGGGGCACGAACCCAUGUCCCCUGCAUCAGCAGGCAGACUCUCAACCACUGCACCACCAGGGAAGCCCGCAUCAUAUACUUUUAUAUUUAUUGCAUCAAUAUAGUGAUAAUUUUAAUGGGAGGACUUCUACUUUUAACUUUUGUUUUAUCAGUUUCUAUGUCUUUGUUUUCAUAUUCUUAGCCUUAGUUUGAUCUCUAAAAUUAAUAUUCUUGAAGAGAAAUUAUUUUUCAAAAUAAUGUUUUUAAAAUAUUCAUAAAAGAGAAAAAUAACUCAUUUUCACACUUUCAGUAAAUCCUCUUAAAGGGGACUUUACAUAAAAAGGAAAAAAGGGCUUUAUAUAAUUUUAUUUAUUGGAUUAAUAUUUUUAUUUUCUGAGUAUAAAUUAGUUUGUGUUUAAUCACUGUUAUUAGGUUUGAGUAAUUCAGUGAAUGACAUACCUUGUAUUUGCUUGUACGCCUUCUUAGACAACAGUGUUUAUUUCAUGACUUACACAUUGCUCAUCAUUUUGAACAGUUCUGAAUCAUUUGGAAAAUAAUACAGUUAGUUCUGAAUGUGUUUUGAAGUGGUGUCCUUCCUAAGUAGCAAACUAAGAGUGAGGCUUGUCUGUCCUUUUUUUGCUGGAAAUUGCAGUAGCACUAUAUUACUCAACUAAUCAUCAUUUGUGGAAAAAAAAAAAUUCCUGAAUUUAUUUAUUAUUAUGUCAUAUCCUAACCAUAAGAAAUGAGAGAGCAUUAACUAAAAACUGAAACCAAAUUUAAAAGAAAGAAAACAAAGAUGGGUGAAAAUAUUUGCAAAAUAUAUGACAGAAAGGGAUAAUAUCCAUAUUACAUAUAAAGAGUCAUACAAAUUGUUAAGAAAACAUACAGUAGAUAAAUGGACAAAACAGCUUUUAUAAGGGGAAACAGCUAAUAAACUUUUAGAAAAAUGGUUAGUCUCACUAGUAAGCCAAGAAAUAUUAGGGCUUUUUCAAAAAUAAGUAUCUUUCAAAUUUACAUUUUAGUACUGGUAAGUUUUAUAUUUAAUGCUUUUUUAUUGACAGCAUUGUAUUUUAGUUUGCUUUCUUUGGUUACACUGUUCUUGAAGAAUUAUGUUUUUUUAAAGAUAAAAGGAGAUAUGAAGGAAAUAUGCCAAGUGCUGAUAGAGAGGAAAGGAAGAAUAGUGAUAAAUGUUUGAAUAUGGGCUUAUUUUAGACACUGCUGAAUUUCUCUUGUAAUUUUAGUUUCAAGAAUGUACCCUAGUUUUUUGGGUUUUUUUUUUUUUUUUUUUUGUGGUACGUGGACCUCUCACUGUUGUGACCUCUCCCGUUGCGGAGCACAGGCUCCGGACGCACAGGCUCAGCGGCCAUGGCUCAUGGGCCCAGCUGCUCCGCGGCACGUGGGAUCUUCCCGGACCGGGGCACGAACCCGUGUCUCUUGCGUUAGCAGGUGGAUUCUCAACCACUGUGCCACCAGGGAAGCCCUACCCUAGUUAUUAAUUGAGUUAUUUUAUGUUGUGUUUAUGGUUAUAUAGCUAACAUUUUAGACCAGGUAAUAAGUAGUUAAACAUAGAAACUAAGUAACUAGAUGCAGCCUUUAUUUCUGACAAAAACAUUUAAUUUAUGGAAUAAUUUAAAUUCUGAAACUUUAAGUGAAAUGUAUUCUUAGUUCCUAGCAUCAUGUUUUUCUACAAAGGCAUGUUGUUACAUUUAUUCCCUGUCGCCUAUCAUAUUCUAUGGUUUUGCGUAUAAAGAGCAUCUUCCUUUGUUAUCCAAGUACCUUAAUUGGUUUGGAAACUGGCACUGGAAGGUUAGAGUAGCCAGUUGAUAUGUCAACCAAGUGUCAGUAAAAUCAGAUGAGAUCAGUGGAAUUUUAAAGCAAGUGAGACCUUAUCAGCCAUGAUCAAGGCAAAAACAGGGUAACAACCAGAGUCAGGGUGUUGGCGUGUUGCCAAUAAGUGAGACAAUGUAUAAUAAUGAUGGAAUUGAGGAAAAUAGAGCAUAGAAGAAUCAGGUAAAUAAACAUAUAUUGUAUCCAGAGUUACAUAAAUAACUUGAAACAUUAAAAAUAAGUCAUUUUUCUAGAGGAUUUUUAAAAAAUAAAAAUUACUGUUAAUCAUAUGUAAAAUAAGUUAUCCAUUCACUGUUGUUCUUACGUGGCCCUUUGUAUUUGUCAAAUGACCUAAAUUUUAGUAGCCUCAGUGUUACUGAUGGCUCAUAGUAUGGCUCUAGCAGGACUCUUAAAUUUUAUAGCUUUUUGGCUUUUUUAAAAACUAUUUCUUCACUGAUUUUGAUCUACAUUCUUUUCGAUAGUUCAGAAGUUUAUUGUUAAAAACAUCAGCACAACACAUUUUUUAUGGAAUGAAAGGGCUCUUCCACACUUUGUGCUAAUAAAAUUCAAAACAGUUCUGUGCAUAUGUUUGGGAAAAAUGAAAAACUCACAUGCUGUUUGGCCCACAAAUGUGCAGUUUCAUUUUUUUAUAUAAAUAGAUUCUAUCUUAUUUAUAGACUCAAUAUCAAAAUUUAUGUUUUCUUUAUAUUAAAAUAGUUUGUAUUUUAAAGACAAAAUGCUCUAUUUUUUAUUAGAAAAUUAUAUGGGUUUAUUGUAGAAAAAUCUAGGAAACAUAGAAGCACAAAAAUAGGAAACUCCAUCACCACUAUUUGAAGUAACCAGUGUUAAGCUUCUGAGGUGGAUCCUUCUACUUUUUAAUCCACAUGUAAUUUUUACAGACAUAUUAUACACCUUGUUCUCUUCAUUUAAUAUGUUAUGAACCAGUAGUGUUUUCCACAGCUGGAACAUUACUAUUCUUCUCACUCAGAAUGUAAGCACAGACUUGUCAAUCUUCUUCUCUGCCUCUUUCCCUUCUCAAAUAUUGUUAUUCUUUUCAACUUUAAAAAUGGCCCUACUUCUCCAUCUAUUCUAUGAAAACAGUUAUAUAUUAGUAGAACCAAGUUGCUAAAGUCCUAGCAUAAUCUAGGUGUUACAAUGAGUAUUUAAGAAAUGAAAUUACUCCAUUAUCCUAAGAAAAAUCUUCAAUAUAAUUAAGUUCAAAUCGGGAUAGCAUUUCAUCUUUUAAGAGGACAUUUUAGGAAUCUUUGUUGUUGUUUUUAGACUCUGGGGGAAACAUUAAAAUUCUUCCCUGAAGACAUGUUUAUUUUUUUCUCCAGACCCAUAAAAAGUACUGUUACCCUUUAUAAAAUGUACCUUUUUUUCACAUGCGGUUAUGUUGACACAUUGAAAACUGCUUAAAAAGACAUAAUUCUACUGAGUAUGUAAAAGUGAAGACAUGGCCAGUAGAAUCAAGGAGUCAUUUAGCAGCUGUGAGAAGAUAGUUGCGAGAGAAAUGGACAGUAUUUUCAAGGGUGGGUUUUUAUACUGUCAAGUUGAUGCUAAGGACCUUAUUUUUCUUCUUAGCCAGUCCAGUGCCUGUUUCCUAAAUUCCUAAGACCAAUGGUGAAGGUAGAAGGGGAGGAGUUGGGGGAAGGGAGGCAGUGACAACAAAGCAGUUGCUGUUAUUGCAGAAGUCAGAAAAUCAGCAUGGACAGAAAGGCUCGAUACUGUGUUGCUUUGAGCGUUGUCAGUGAUCUGCACUGAUAAAAAGGAGUGAGAGUGAAACUUGCCAAAGUAGAACAAGGGACUGGAAUGAGCAUUUGUUACAAACCAAAUUCUUUCUAUACCCAUCUCAUUUAGUCCUUAGAAAGUAAUAGUAGGCACAGGUAGGACUAACUAAAAUAGUUCUUCAUUCCUGCUAGAAGAAAUACUGUAAAUAAGGACAGCAAAUACUAGCUAAGAAACAGUAAAAGAUCUAAACUUCAGAUUAUCUUAAUAGCUUCAGUGGGGUUUAGUGGGGUUUUGUUCUUAUUUAAGAGAGAACCAAGCAAUAGUUUCAAAUGAUGUACAGUUCAUAAUAGCUAAAGAAAAUGAUUAAAAGAGUAAUGUAACAGCAGUAUUUAAAGAAAUCUCAAAGGAAACUAAAUACUGCCAACUCAACUGCCACUUGUACAACUGUUUAAAUUUUUUCCUGUUCCCGCAUACGUAUAUUUUUACCUAUUGCAAUCAGAACAAUUUGGUCUACUUUUUUUUUUUUUUUUCAGUACGCGGGCCUCUCACUGUUGUGGCCUCUCCCGUUGCGGAGCACAGGCUCCGGACGCGUAGGCUUAGCGGCCAUGGCUCACGGGCCCAGCCGCUCUGCGGCACGUGGGAUCCUCCCAGACCGGGGCACGAACCCGUGUCCCCUGCAUCUGCAGGCGGACUCUCAACCACUGCGCCACCAGGGAAGCCCCGGUCUACUUUUCAUUUAAUGCAUUUCAGACAUUUUCUUUUGUUACUUCAUUUUUGUAAGGUCUUAUUUUGGGAUGGGAGUAGACUUUUAAAAUACAAUAGAAAUCAAUUUAAUGUUUGAUUUAUAGAAUUUUAUGACACUGAGUGAAUGGAUAAUUGUAAAAUUUGAGCUGGGAGCCAUUUUGUAAAAUAUCCAGACAGUAAACAAAAGGCAGGAAAUGACAUUCCUUCUUCCAGUCUGCUUCCCAUUCAGUCAGUUUACAGUUUGGUGGCUGUCUUUCUACAGAUUGGGAAUGGAUCUUGUUAUAGCAUGGAUAAACUUCGAGGAGCAAAUAAGUCACAAUCCUGUUUGGUAGUUUUUUUUUUUUUUUUUUUUUUUUUUUUUUUUGUGGUAUGCGGGCCUCCCUCUGUUGUGGCCUCUCCCGUUGCGGAGCACAGGCUCCGGACGCGCAGGCUCAGCGGCCAUGGCUCACGGGCCCAGCCGCUCCGCGGCACGUGGGAUCCUCCCAGACCGGGGCGCGAACCCGGUUCCCCUGCCUCGGCAGGCGGACGCGCAACCACUGCGCCACCAGGGAAGCCCCUGUUUGGUAGUUUUUUUAAAAAUCUACAUUUAUAUACAUCUAAAAUACUUGCAAAUUCUUGUUUUAAUUUUUAACACAUGAUAGUAGAGAAUGAAACUUGCUUUGUAACUAUAUCAUAGAUAAAGUUGUAAUGUGCCUGUCUCCAAAAAGGCAAUCAGUAAAUAUUUUUGAAUAAAUGAAUGAAAUUUUCAUUGAGGUUUUCUCUGCAUAUAGAAUAAAGGAGAUUAUUGAAGUUACUUAAUAGUUGAAAAAGAUUUCCAGAUAGCCAAACUACCUCUAAUGCUAAUAGCACUUUGUGAUAUGCUAAGUACCCCAUUGCUGGAAGUAUUUAAGAAGAUGUUGUAUGGACAUCUUUCAGUGAUGCCUGUAUUAGGUGUGAACAUAGGUUUAUAAUAGCCUAUGGUUCUACAAAAUAUCAACCAAAAUAGUUGGUAAGCAAGUAGUCCUUUGUUCCUUCUAUAUCUUAUCACUGUAUCAUCAUUAAAACUAGGAAAUGUUUAAGGAUCAGCGUUUUUUUAUUAGGUUAGCAACAGCAUUAUUUCCCAAAGUGUGUUUCAUGGCACCCUAUCCUAUGAAAUACUCUGAGAAAAAGUUUCCUUGAUCGUAUUCAUUCUCAGUUUAUAUACAUAUAUUCUUUCUCAGAAUGCAUAUUAAUAUAUUGGAAGAGCUGAGAAGUUCUAGUGUAAGGAAACCUAUUUUAACUUGGUGUAACACUGAGUGUUCCAAAUAUAUUUGAUGAAGGUACCCCUUUUUCAAGUUAUAUCUAUUAUCCUGAAAAACCAGUGUUUCAUGGAGAUGUAGUGUUCAGUAGAUCUAUAGAUGUCGUGUCCAAAAUGAUCUACAGACAAAAGGAGUCUAAAGAAACAUCUGUCUUAGGUAGUUCUUUAACCUAUGCAUGGUCCAGAGAUUCUCCAGACUAGGAGUGACCAUAUUAGAACCAAGGCACCUGAAUUCCAUGUUCUCUCACUCCCUCACUGCCUCCUCUUUUCCCUGUCAGAGGACAGAGCCCUCUUACUCUCCUGACUCUCUCUGUCUCCUGACUUCCAUUUCUGUCCAAAGAAAUGUGACCCAUUUAGUUAGGCAACACUUUUUUAUUGGUCACUUAAUGUGUGUCAGAUCUUAUUCCAGACGCUGGGGAUAUAGCACUGAGCCAAACAGACAUGGAAUUUACUGUGUUCUCUCUCUCCUGUGCUGCACCCCAGGAGGAAGAACCCCAGUCUCAUGUGCCAAAGCUUGACUUUCUAGCACUUGAGCUGUCUAGGUCCUGGGUUUGGAAGCAACUCAAGGACCCUUUAGGUUAGUGGCUGAAAGGGACAAAGGGAGGAUCUUGUAGUUGACUACAUGACAAAGAACAGAAGGCUUCAGUUACAGGCUGUAGAGGCGGAAGAAGCACAAGGAACCGUUGGGAGUCAAACCAUUAUUUUUGUUACUUUUAGUUUAUGAGCAAGAGAAUUAAACUACGUAUCUUAUCAAGGAAAACUGUCAACAUUGAUGCUGAAUAGAAAUACUGGAGAUUGUUCAGAGUGAGAAGAAACAAAGCUAGGAAUUGGUUUGACUGGGUUAAAGAGCAAUAUUGAUUAUAGUCAUUGGUAUGAAUUGUUCACUUAUACUGCAGCAUUAGUUGUGUUCAUCUUUCAUUAUUUGUUGCAAGGUCAGCAGCUAAUAGCUAAUAGAUAAUUGAUUUUUAGAGCUUAAAAGGACCUUGUAGAGAUUAUAUAGCAUAGCCUGCUCACAAUUUACAAUUUUAGAGGGGGAAAUCUAGGGCCUCUGGGAGUAGAAGAGUAACAUUAUUUGGCUUUCAUUUUGGAUUUUCUCAUAGCCUUCCAAAGAUAGGUGCUUAAGUCAAUGCUGUUAUUAUAUUCAUAGGAUUUUGUUAAGCUUUCAAGGAAGUGUAGAUUCAAAGGGAAUUGGAAAAAAUUUGUUUAAUAUUCUUGAUACAGAGCCUUAGAGGGAGAUGCAAAUGUGUUUUGAAUGUUAAAUUUACUUAGAUUUAAAAAUACAUAUCUUCAAGCAAAGUUGCCAUGACAACCUUUCUUAAUGUGUGUAUAAAAUUUAUGUCUGUCUGAGGUUUUCAUCUUUCUCAAUACAGGGUUUAAUCACAAGAAUUGGGCACUGUGGUGUAUUUCUAUCUAGACGGUGCCCUGUGGGAAUUAUAUAAUUUUGAGAAAUGCAAAUCAAGCAUCAGAGCAGUUCUGUAGCAUGGUGAUCCCACCAAGGUAAAUGUCAUCUUGUUCUCUCCAUGAUCAGAUUGAUCUGGCUUCAAACCCAAGAUGAAAUUCUGGAUUGAAAUAGAAACCAUGAGUCUGUUCUGAGUUUCUGUUUUUUUCAUAUUUGGGGGAUUUGUAGGAGGGCCCUAGGAGGUUUGGGAAAUUUUGGACUAAAUCUCUUGCAUAGCCCCCAAACUGAUCCAGUCUUCUUGGGAUCAUCUAAAUCUAAUCCAUAGUAUAGGUUGACUCAGAACCACAAGAAACAGCUCUACAAUGGCCAGCCAUGUGCACAGAGACACCCCAGAGACUCCUUCUGGCCUGAACUCCAAUCCAGUAAUCCUAGAGAGAUACCAUUAUCAGACCUUUUCACUUACUUUUACCUCACUUCAUAUACACUUGUCUAUCAGUCUCUCUUUUGCAUGUCAGGGGCCAGGAGAAGAGUACUAGGAUUUUGGACACCCAAAGUUUAGGAGGAAGGAAUUCUCAUCCUCAAUUCUGGAAAUAUGAAUUUAUUAAGCAGUGGAAUAAGGGGGUAGUCACUGGUCCCUUCUGGUAACUAUGACUUGAAUUUGAGAUCUCUUAACAUGGCUGCCUGAGAUUUUGAGAUGCUUGCUAAAGAGCUAUGUUUGUUUGUGUUUUAUAUUUUAGUUCCUCUGUGGUAUAGUAAAAAAUAAUAAUAAUUUUUUUUUUGCAAUUUAAGAACCCCUGAAUAUAAUUAAUUAAAUUGAGAUUAGAAGUAUGAUCUACUAAUGUGCUAGCUUUGAAUUUACUUUAUUCUUAAUAGACUUUGUAAAACUAUGUUACAUUUAAGAGACUCCACGGAUAUGUUCUAAUCCAAUAGCCUUAUAAAAGGGGGAAAUGAAAGCUGAGAGAACUUAUUUUAUAUGAGAAUUUGCCCAGGCUAGCACAAUUUUUUUUCCCCAAACUUGUUCAGAAUGUGAUUUCCUUUUGGUUUCAUAUUAUUCUCUAAAGGAUGAAUUUAAAACCAAGGAAAGGCCCCCUAAGCAAAAAGAACUGCCUAAAUUACUAUACUAUGCUAUUGAUAACUGGUAGUCUCCUAAAAACAAACACUUGAAAAGAGAUGUCCCAUCUAUGAUGGGAUAUGCUAUGAUGUUUAUAAAGGUUUGGGGGCUUAUUUUUAUUGUAAGAGGCACAAUCAGGGCCAACUACAUAAUUUGUAUGCCCAGUGCAAAAUGAAAAUAUGGGGUCUUAGCUGGGGAUGAAGUCAGUCUCCCCCCUUCCACCGUUGGGUCUGCUCUUUUAACCUAUGGUUGAUGAGAGACCCCCUCCCCACCCCACCCCUAAGGGAUUGAAGUCUCCAUGCUGGAACAAUGUUGUUUACCUGGAUCAGGGGUAGGCAGAGGAGCCCUGCCCAGUUACCUGGUAAACAUGCUGUGGUGUGGCCAGCCCAAAGCAGAGAUGACUUCUUCCUUGCCCUGCCUCAAGAUGCUGCAGAGCAAACUGCUGGCUGGACUCCAGCCCUCCCCAUACCUGCUCCCAGGCCCCCAUUGGAGGGUGACGUGGCAGAAAGUGGGCCUCCCUCAUCAACUCUCCUCCUAAUGCAAUCUUACUGCUGCUCUGGGUAGAAGGCAGCAGUGGUAAUGGGCAGGGAUGGUUAGAGGGAGGCCAGGCAGGGUGCAGGGCACUGAGGAGCGGGAAGCUGGUAACUGAGAACAUGUCUAGGGAGGCAAGGAAGUAAACUCUAAGCCCCGGGCAUAUACUCCAGGGUCCUAUUGGACUUCACUUACAAAAUACAAAUUCACAAAUAAAAUUUGAGAAUUUCACUGCAGUGCCUUCCAAGUGUUAUACCCCAACAUAGGGUCCUUCUGAGGUGUGGGCUUCUGUGGGACUGCAUUGGUUGCAGCCCAUGAAGCUAGCCCUGGACACAUCUGACCUUACACAGCAUGGUGCUGUGACUCAGUGGUUUUUGAGGGCUGUGCCUCCUGGUUGUAUGCUAGUUGUCCUUGCAAAUACCCAUAAAUGUCUUUUUCAUGAUUUAUCAUCAAGCAAUUUAAAACUCUCUAGGAUGUCUUAAAAUUAUUUACAAAAUAGGCAACAAAUAGAUGCCAAACUUAAAAGCAAUUUCAUAAUACAGAUUUUUAUUAAAGUUGCAAAAGUGAUACAGUACACUAAAAGUCUUAUCUGAAGCCCCAUUUCACUGAUGGAGCUCUUACUUUCCUGUAUUUUAAUAAUUGCCAAACAUUUUCUGCUGGAAGGUAAAAUGGGAUUUUUCCCUGAAAUAUCAUUAUAAAACCCUAUGAAAUAUUUCAGUGAUAUGAGUCAUUCACUUAUUCAUAUGGUUGGACAUCUAGAUAAUAGAAAUCUGUGAGAAAUAUAUUGUUAAUUCCUGUGGAGGAGGAAGGAAGAAAUCCUACUGAUGUAUUUUAAGUGUAGUUAAAUUCAGUAUUCCUUGCCAUUUUAAAAUACCAAAGUUAUUCUCUUCUGCUCCUUUCUUUCCAAGAGGCUACAUAAAAUUACUUUGACAAGGAAAAUCAUGAGUCACUUUUUUUGCUGUUAACCUCUUCUACAUUCCAUUUCAUGAACAUAGCAAUCAGUGGUCAAUGAUAUUCUUAGCAACUUUGUACUAUACAAGUGAGACUUAUUACCAUAUACCAUGAUGUUUAGUUAGCAAUUUUGUCAAAGUAUAACCUCUUUGUUUGCAAUAUUACUGCAACUGAUAAGAAACAGAUUGUUAUAAAAAAAAAGUUAGCAGCUUUGAAAAUCAUACAUGCUGCAGUGAAUAUUCAGCAUACAGGUUCUAAUGGUAUUAAAGCAUAAUCAGAAAAACUGGUAUAUUUCAAACUCUUAGCAAGUCAUGUAAUUAAGUGAAGGUCAAGAUAGUUGUCAGUAAUAAAAACCUAGUUAGUACAUUUUGAGGCUUGAUGCUCUAUAAAACCUUUAACAUAAUUUAAGACAAAAUGUGAACAAAAGUAGCUAAUUUUAGAAAUCCAGUUUUUGUGAACUGAUUGGUGAUCUGUCUGCUGUGGGAAAGGAUGAUCUGUUUUAUGCUUUAGCUCUGAAAUUCACUGUUUUUAUGGGGGAGGGAUAUGUAAAACCAGUUUUAGUAGAAACUUAAAGAAUUGAGGACUUUUUGUUCUUCAAAACCAUAUGCCUUUCAAGAUAAAUUAUCCCAUUGGUUAUGUCUAUACACAGAUACGUUGUCAUGAAGAAUUUCAGGUUUAUAUUGUCCACUCUCAUGGUUUGAUGGAAAAACUUUUUUCCUCUUUUCACUUUUCACAGGAAAGGGAGCUAUUUUGUUUUCUCUUACAGGAAACUGUUAUAGAUUCUAAAUAUUUAAAUAUAAUCCUUCCAGGUUGUAUCUUGGGUAUAUGUUAUUUUCUGUCCUUUGAAGAGUAAUUUCUUCUUGAAAAAUGCUUUUCAUUGGGUAUUGGUUAGUAUGAGGGGAUUAUUGUUGAUUUUGUUAGAUGUGCAACAAUAUUGUGGUUAUGUGGCAAAAUAUCCUUGUUUUUUAGAGAUAUAUAAUAAAGUAUUUAGGUUUAAAUGUCAUGAUUACUGUAAUUUUCUUUAAAAUUCUGUAUCAUAAGAAUAAUAUAAGGUAAAAUAGAAGCCAUUGUUACAUCUAAUCAGUGGAUGUUUGUGUAUUCAUUACA